CGCGUUAUUUUCAGGUCUCUCAUGUUUCCAUCGCGUUGUUAACCAGGCCUGUUGGUACACUAAAGUUGCUAUGAGGGUGUGGUUGUUCUGUGGGCAUGCACAUACAUGUGUUCUGUUGUCCUCUCUCGUUGCUUGCAUUGAAUUCCACCAUCUUGGACUUCACAUUUUUCAGCCUCUUCAACUUUUCCAUCCCCUCCUAUACAAAUAGCACAACCUCAGUCCUCCCUCCCACUUCUGCUUUUUUCACUGGUGCAUCUGCAGCUUAUGAUUUUCCCAGUCGAGUCAAUUAACUAAAACGCAGCAGCCAUGCCUUCAGAACUGGAGACAGCCAUGGAGUCCCUCAUCACUGUGUUCCACCGUUACGCCUCUAAGGACGGCCAGAGCAGCACACUCAGCCGGCGAGAGCUCAGAGAGCUGAUGGAGAACGAGCUGUCCAACUUCCUCAAGUCUCAGAAGGACCCUGCUGCCGUGGACAAGAUCAUGAAGGACCUGGACACCAACGGCGACGGCCAGGUGGACUUUGAGGAGUUUGUUUCUCUGGUUGUUGGACUUUCCAUUGCCUGUGAGCAGUGCUAUCAGAUGCACAUGAAGAAGAUGGGAAAGAAGUAAAGGAUGAAGGCGAAAGAAGUGAAGGAACCAAAGUGCAUUUCAGUUUUUUGUAAAGAUAGUUUUGUUCAAUAAAAAACACUAAAUCAGUUCAAA